GGUCAGCCUGUGUAACGUGUCUGUCAGCGGGCUGUCACAGCACCGGUGUCGGUCACCAGUCACUCCACCCGCCGGUUCCUGCUGUCGCUACACACUUCUCCACUGGUGCUUCAGCCGAACUCGACGUUAACUACGAAAUAAUGGCGAAAAAGCGAAGGGAGAGACGAGAGGCGGAAGGUUCGUCCUCGUCCCAGGACGAGGUGAAGCCCAACGACAGCGACUCCCAAGCGCUGAAAGAAGCUCAACAUAGUGUGGGGGGCUCAACACGCAUGUCUCUCCUCAUUCUGGUCUCUAUCUUCACCUGCGCUGCCUCAGUCAUGUACCUGGUCUACAGAAACUUCCCAGAGCUUCAGGAUGAUGAAAUGGAGAAAAUCAAGAUCCCUAAAGACAUGGAUGAUGCCAAAGCUUUGGGAACUGUGUUGUCCAAAUACAAGGACACCUACUACAGCCAAGUGUUGGUGGCCUACUUUGCAACAUAUAUUUUCCUCCAGACAUUUGCAAUCCCUGGAUCUAUCUUCCUCAGCAUCCUGUCCGGAUAUCUUUACCCGUUCCCUUUGGCUCUUUUCUUAGUCUGCUUGUGCUCUGGCCUCGGUGCUUCAUUCUGCUAUAUGCUGUCAUAUCUGGUGGGCAGACCGGUGGUCUAUAAAUAUCUCACAGAGAGAGCACAGAAGUGGUCCCAGCAGGUCGACAAGCAUCGGGAUCAUCUAAUCAAUUACAUCAUCUUCCUGAGGAUAACACCCUUUCUUCCCAACUGGUUCAUCAACAUCACCUCACCUGUCAUCAAUGUGCCUUUGGGGGUUUUCUUCAUCGGUACCUUUCUCGGAGUGGCGCCGCCAUCUUUUGUAGCGAUCAACGCGGGUACAACACUGUACAAACUGACCACCGCUGGCGAGGCCGUGUCCUGGAAUUCUCUGGCCGUGCUCGGCGUCCUCGCAGUGCUCUCCAUCUUGCCCGUCUGCUUCCAGAAGAAGCUGCAGCAGAAACUAGAGUAGACCACUGUAAACACCUCAGAACCUCACCUGCUGGCUGAUCCCGACACCCCCUUCACUCAGCUCAGGAACACGCAGCUCUCGCCCAAGUAGCUGCUGGGACUGGUGUGGUGCUAGUGGGAGAAUCUCUGCCCGCUGGCACGAGCACUCAUUGACUUCAGAAUGCAUGCAGUGGUGGGUCGUUCCUGAUGUUGAGUAAAGUAUAAAAAAAACUGGCCGCUGCUUGCACAAGUUUUUUUUUGUUUUUUCUGUGAAUUAUUUUGUUGAUUAUGGCACAUUGCAUUUUUUUUAUUUAUAAUCACUGCUUAUUAUCAUGAUUCUUGCCAGACAAUUAAAGGUGCUACUUGUAGUUUGUUGAAGUAGAACACAUUAUUCUGAUACUCACCAGUUGUUUCAUAGGACCUUCUUUUCAUGGGGAAACUGCUGAAAGCAAUGUCAUCAUCACCUUGCUCAGGCUUUUGCUAACAGCUUCCAUCUGGCAGUAGCAUAUCGGUUACUUUGUCCUUUUGUAGCACCUUUGAAAGUCCACUUCCCUCUUUUAAUAUUUAUUCUGACUUUUGUUUCAAAUGUCAACGUAAUGAUGUGCGCCACCACAGCAAUAACUGUCACACAACUUUUGAAAGUGUUUUUUUGUUUUUUAAGUCCCUUUUGAUACUGGUGCUUGACUCGGCAAAUGUACGCAGCGUGAGGAAAGGAUGUAACUGCGGUGACGAAUGACCGAUCUCAGUAAAUGCUACUUUUGUGGACAUGUAGGUGAGUUCCCAUGUUCUUCCUUGAAAGGUGCCUGGAUCCACUGCGUCACAACUCCCUCACACAUUUAACCUUUUUCCGUUCAUAUAAGUAGCUACUUGGACUACACACUGUGGAUGUGUCUCCUCACAGAACAUCCAUGAUGCAGUUUGCCAAACUCUAAGCUUUGCCCGAUUCAAAUGGGUGUUUUUAAUGAGGAAGUUGGUGUGGAUUAUACCAACACAUGCACAGUGAUGCAGUGGGCAGCACUGUUGCCUAUUUUUAUGGAGUUUGCGUGUUCUCUCCGUGUCUGUUUUCUCCAGGUCGUCAGGCUUCCUCACUCAGUCCAAAGACAUACAGGUUGAGGUCAUAGGUUAUUGGAGACUCUAAGUGAGUGUGACUGGUUGUUUGUCACUGUAUGUUGGCCCUAUAUCGCUGGCGACCUGUCCAGUGUCAGUCCGGAUUUGCUCUCAACAGUUAAGAUAUUGGAUGGAUAGUAGCAAUCUGCAAAGCCAAUUCAUGUAGGUCUGUAAUUUCAAAGAUCACGGUUUAGAUGGGCUCGCAGGACUUGUGAUGGCGAUCAUAAUGUUUAACACAGAUUGGGUUUAUUAGUCUCCGCCCCACAUCUCUUGUUGUGCCAGUGUAGAAGAGGAGAGGUCUGUGUCAAGGAUCAUGCACCAGUGCCCUCUAAUAGACCGCCAACGGACUUACCCUGCUUUACUGCUUCCUUCUUCACCAGCAGAAAGGUAUUACGAUGCCUGAUUUAUGUCCUCACAUUGUUUUGAACGGCUCAUUUCAUCCUGUGCUAUGAGAGAUUACUGUUUUUUCUUUUCUUUUUCAUUUAGAUGUUUCUUUUGCGUGUGUACCCUGGUAACUUAUUGCUGUUGCUUAAAAAUGUUUCUGGACAGUUAAUGCAGUGAUUGUACAUGAGGGUAAAUCUUUUUAUUUAAUCUCUUAAAACAUUUUUUUAGUCACAGUUGAUUUAGUGCAUUUUCGAGAUUUCAUGUUUUUAUUUUAAUGUCUUAAAUAUUCAGCAGAACUGCAGCAUACUACUGUAAGACUAUUAACCUUGUAAAACUUCAGUUGUACUAUGGGAGGCUACUAUUAUCUUAAAAUGAACUGUUCUCAUUCAGUUCCAUCCUUAAUUGGAUAACGCAGGACCUGCUCUUGCUUAUCUGAAGAUUGUUAUCUUGGAAACUCCAUAUUUUAAUAAGGUGAUGAAGUCAAUGACUCAAUGCUAUAAACUGGCCCUAAAUGUUUAUUUAUUAUUAUUUUAAUCGUGCUAGAUAAUCUUCGCAUAACUCCAUGAUAUUCAAUCAAAUGAAAAAUGGUAGUUUGAUUUUUUUUUUCUCCUGUUCUCUUUCAAAUAUUGAAACCUUUUCUGGACAAAUACUCAGUUAUUGCGUUUCUUUAUCCGCUUACCCUGUUAAAGUAAUUUUGAGGUUCUCCUUCUGUAACCCUCUGUUAACAUUUCAAAUAUUAAUACAUAUAGUAUUAUUUUGUACUUAGCAGGGAUUUGUUGCAGUAUGAAGUGUUUACAGAUGCAUAUUUACGUCCCAUAAAAUUUGUGAUUAUUUACUGAGGAGCUUAUUAAACGUCUGAUGAUAGUGUUUUA